CGCUGCCUGUUUGGAUUCAGUCUGUCGGUGAGCUCGUACCGGACAGGAUCAUGGAGGAGACCGAGGAGUGUGUGCCGGUGAUCGUGGAGGGGGUCUGGAGUGCGGCUCAGACUAAAACCGUGAGGAACAAACUGCAGCUUUACUUCCACAGUAAGAAGAAGUCCGGCGGAGGAGAGUGCCGGGUGGAGGCGGAGGAAGGAGCCCCGCGAGCGGCAGUUUACUUCAGAGGAGAGGACGUGAGAGAGAGAGUCCUCGCUCGUAAAAACCAUGAAAUCACUGUGGACAAUCAAGCUGUGACGUUACGUCUGAGCUCUGCACCGAGUCCAGCGGAUGACGCUGAUGUCUCAGAUUCAGCGACAGAUUCAAAGAUGCCAGAAUCAGAAGUUGAGACUGGAGAUGGAGCUUCUGCAGAGAAACAAGAUGAGUCCAUUCAGAGCUUCUCUGUGGUUUUGGACAAUGUUGGAUCCAACAUGUCUAGAGAUCUGCUGCUGAUGCUGGUGGAGACCAUCUCAGGUUUGGACGACAGUUUUUACAGUCUGGAGAUUAUCCUGGAGAGCAACAGAGCUGUGGUCACCUUUAAAAGCCCCACAGAUGUGGAGAAGUUUCUCACUGUGAGUCAGACCAGCCAGAAGCUGAAGAAACACAAACUGACCGCCUGGAAGUUAGAGGAAACAAAGAGCGUCCGAGUGGAGAGUCUUCCUUCUGCUGUGGUUGAAGACCUGUUGGAGCUGUUCUUUGAGAAGAACUGGGCUCUGCCAGAGAACAUCACCAUGGUCCCAGAUGAAGAGGCUGCCAUUGUCACUUUCGUUGACCCCAAAGUUGUGAAAAACAUUUGCAUCAAACAAGACUACAUGAUUGGAUCCACUCCUGUCAAGGUGUAUCCAUACUACGAGUCCCUUGGCACCGCCCUUUAUGGAAAAGAACGACCAACAUGGAAGAUGCCUGAGCCUUUCACAGAGGGUGUUCAUCCCGUCAUCUGGAAGUUUCUCCAGAUGAAGAAACUGUCUAACGAAAUCAACGACCUGAUGCGUCCAUACUUCUGCAGCGUGAACAUGGAAAACCCUGAAGUGAAGCUAAGCCCUAUCCCAAAUUUUUUGAGGCAGAAAGGUCUAACCACCCAACAAGUCGAUAUGUGGAAGAGCACUGCUCAAGACACCUUCCGUCAGCACAUGUCUCAGUACACUGCAUUUGAAUGUACAACAAACAGACCUGCAUGGAAAGCUGCAGAGAAAGAUGUCCGUUCCGUCGUCAGGAAAGAUGCCCACCUUGUUUUGGAUGCAUCCAGGGGGGUUUUGACCGUGGCAGGGAAAGCUGACAAUGUAAAAACAUUCAGGGUGUCUGUGGAGAACAUCGUUAGUAAAGCCUUGAGUCAGAUUGAACGGCAGACAAAUGGAGUCUCUGAAGUAAUGGACUUGUCCCCUGCACUUUUCUACAUCCUGCAGCAGGAAGGAAUUCAGAAAGCUACACAGGACAUUUCCCCUGAGAUGAACCUGUCCUAUGAUAAAAAAUCCCAGAAGUUAACCAUUACAGGGUUCUCUGCAGAGGUUUCCAAGACUAAGUCAUGGAUCUUGGCGCGAAAUGUGGGUAGGAGUAAAAAACAGAUAGAACUUCAUUCAGGUCUUUUAGACUUUCUCAAGACCGUGGAUCCCAUGGACAUGUCACACCAUCUGUUCACAUCCCAUGGCAUCAGUGCCAUCUUUGGUGUUGAAAGAAAGGGGGUUUUGCUGUUGGGGAGUUCUGAGGGUGCUCUUGCUGAUGCAGAGAGAAAGAUAAAUGCAAGUUUAACAGUCAUGAUGCUGGAUGUGGAGGACCAGGCAGUUCUGAAUCUUCCCAAGUGGGUUGAUCUAAACCGACAGCUUUUGGACACUUACAACUCUUCAAAGAAGAAAACAGUGUCCAUCCAGAUCUACCCUGGAAGACAAGAUCAAAUAACGGUGGCAGGCUUCCUGAAUCCAGUGAAAGAGGUCAGUCAUAAUCUGAGUGAAUUCAUUAAGUGCUACUCCCGAAUUGAAGAAAGAAUUCGUUUGCGGUCUGCUGUCGUUGAGUUCAUUGACAAGAAAAAAACACUAGAAUGGUCCAGCAUUGCAAAAGACAAUGAUGUGAAAGUGAAUUUGGAUUCACUAAGGCAAAGAAUCUAUAUCACUGGGGCUCGUCUCCAUGUCCAGAAAGCCAAAUCCUGCCUUGAGGAACUGACCAGUUCUCUCUUUAGUGACAACCUGAGAAUGAAUAAGCCUGGAGCAAAGAAGUAUUUCCAAUCUCAAGAAAACUGGUUUCAGGUUAGUAUAAUGUCAGAGUUCAGUUGUGUGGUGAUGCUUCGUCCAGAGAAUCAAGAGGAAGAGGAGGAAGAGAACUAUGAGGAUGAAAAUGGCUUUAUUUACUGCAAAGUGAAGACUGCCGGUGGAGUCCUGGUGUCUGUAAGCAAAGCAGACAUUUGUCAUUUUGGAGUCGACGUGGUGGUUAAUGCAGCUAAUGAGGAAUUGCAGCACAUUGGCGGCCUGGCUCUGGCGAUGCUCAAAGCUGCAGGACCAGAGCUGCAGAAAAUCAGCAACAACUAUGUCUCCAAAAAUGGAAAACUACGUCCCAGUGAUGCCAUCGUAACAAGUGCUUGUAACCUACCUUGCAAGUACAUCGUACAUGCAGUUGGUCCUCGGUUCUCUGACUACAACAAGAAGACCGCAGUCUCCCAUCUGAAGCUUGCAGUUAGAGAAAGUCUGAGAAAAGCAGUAAGCGUGAACUGCUCCACCGUUGCGCUACCAGCCAUUAGCUCAGGUGUGUUUGGCUUUCCUGUUGACCUCUGCGCUGAGACCAUAGCUGAGGCAGUGCGGGAAUACUGCGACAGUCCAGAAAGCCGAGGAUCAUUGACUGAGAUUCACUUGGUAGACAACAAUGAUAACACUGUGAGGGUCCUGGCAGCAGCUUUCAACAAAGAGUUCAGUGAUCUUGGACCAACUAUGACUAUACCACCGCAGUCAGGAGGACAAAGUUCAAGGGCUUCAGGCAGGUAUCAACGGGGCAGAGGUCGAGGUGGACAAUGGCAGUCACCAAGGGGCCAUCAGUUUAAUGAAAAAGGAGGACGAGGAUAUCAAGGAGGAGGACGAGGAUAUCAAGGAGGAGAACGAGGAUAUAAAGGACGAGGACAAGGAUAUCGAGGACGAGGAGCUCAAGGAGGAGGACGAGGAUAUCGAGGAGGACGAGGAUAUCAAGGAGGAGGACAAGGAUAUCGAGGACGAGGACAAGGACAAGGAUAUCAAACAGAAGUAGGAUAUCAAGGAGGAGGAGAACGAGGAUAUCAAGGAGAAGAAGAAGGAUAUCUAGGAGGAGAAAAAGGAUAUCAAGGAGGAGGAAGAGGAGCUGGUGAGACAGGAGCUGGAUCUGAGUGGAGUCUGCAAAGUAACAGGGGUGGUCAGAGCCCCAGGGGACACGGCAAUCAUGGAGGGCCUGGGAGGAUGGAGCAGACCACAAAUGAAGGUCUGAAGAUUGCUCUCUUGGAGGGAAACAUUCAGGACCAGACUACUCACGUCAUCGUCAACACCAUCGCAGAGAACAUGAACCUGACACAGGGCGCUGUUUCCAAAGCCAUCCUGCUCUCAGCCGGGCCCGGCCUGCAGGCGGCUGUUAAGUCUGAAGCUGGCGUGUCCAUCCUGCAGUACGGAGACGUCAUCAUCACCGACAGCUUCAACCUCAUGUGUCGUAGGGUCUUUCAUGUGGUUUGCCCUGGAUGGGACAAUGGAGGCGGCCAGGCAGAGGAGACAUUGAUAACAAUCAUCAGAUAUUGUCUGGUGGAGGCUGAGAAACUCAAGAUGACAUCGCUGUCCUUCCCGGCCAUCGGUAUGGGAAAUCUAAGCUUCCCCAAAGACGUGGUUUCCAGAGUCCUGCUGAAGGAGAUCCACAAUUUCAGCAGCAGCAUAUCUCCUCGCCAUAUGAGAGAGGUGGCCAUCGUUGUCCACCCGAGUGACAGACAAACUGUGGAUUGUUUCACCAGAGACUUUAAAGGUCAGACAGGUCAGAGAAACUUCCAACAUGAAGCCCCGGAGUUCAGCCAUCCAGCGGGGCAAUCAUUCCGCCAAUCACAGCAGUCUUCAGCCUCCUUCGGUCAGGUGGGGUCCCCAUCUCUAGGCGUGUACCAGAUGCAGAUGGGCACUCUGACCCUCGAGGUAUCGUCUGGAGACAUCACCAAGGAGACGUGUGAUGUCAUCAUCAACGCCUCCAAUCAAACAUUUAACCUUCAAUCAGGAGUGUCCAAGGCGAUCUUAGACAGCGCUGGAAUGAGUGUUCAGAUGGAGUGCGCACAAAUAGUGAGUUCUCCUGGUUACCAACCUAGUUCAAUGAUCGUGACGUCAGCCGGGCAGCUGCCGAGCAGAAACAUCAUCCACAUCGUUGGGCUGAGCGAUCCCGUGAAGAUCAAAGAAAUGGUUUACUCAGUGCUCAAGAUCUGCGAGGAAAACAAGUUCAAGUCUGUCGCCUUCCCGGCCCUGGGAACAGGUCAGGGAGGAGCCAACCCGUCGUUGGUGGCUGAUGCCAUGGUGGACGCGGUGGUCGACUUUGUGAGAAACAAACGCCCGAAGUCAGUUCAGAGCGUGAAGAUCCUGAUCUUCCAGACAUUCAUGGUGAUGGAGUUUCACAAGUGCAUGAAGAAGAGAGAGGGAGAGGGAGUGGAGGAGAACAAAGGUAUCCACAAGUUUUUGAACACUUUCACUUCGCUGUUUGCUGGACCAGUGGACAAGCGGACCAGGCCUGGUAACUUGGAUCUGGAGACGGAGGAGUUUGAACCUACAGAGUUUGAGCUCUGUGCUGACGACAAAAUGGCUUUGGUUCUGGCUAAGACAAGGAUUGAGAAGCUGAUUUUGGAUGAGCAGGCAGAGAAAACCAUCCAAGACCAGUACAUCAGUCAACUGUCGCAGGAAGACAUGGAUAAGCUGAAGGACCUGCAGAGGAACCUGACUGUGAGCAUCCGUCUGGACAAAGGGCAGGAGGACAAGGAGCCAAAAAUCCACCUGGAGGGUUUGACCAGGGACGUCUCCACCGCUGAGUCUACAAUCAGGGAAAUCAUACAGAGGGUGGAAAGGCAGGAGAACUUAAGAAGUAAGGCCAAACUGGUGAGUUCUCUCGUAGAGUGGCAGUUUCAACACCCCAACGGGAAUAAUGUACCCUUCGACAUUUUCACCAACCUCAAACUGGAGGAGGCUCUGGAGAAAAAAGAAAAACUUGUGAACAUCAAGAUCAACAAUGAAAACUACAAGGCUGAUGUCAACUUUAGCAGAGCAGUUUCAGCAAAUGGACAUAAAAUGGUGGAGCUACUCAGAAAAGACUUGAAAAGCGAUGCUCCUCUGCCGUCAAAUUGGGAAGACAUGAAAGGCGACCUCAUCAAGCUGUUUGCUCUGACUGCAGGAAGCAAGGAAUACAAGGAUGUGGAGACGGAAGUAACAAAGACUGGUCUUACGAUAACCAUCAUCAGUAUUGAACGAGUCCAAAGUCCGACACUGUGGCAGAGCUACCAACUGAAGAUGAAACAUAUGGAGCAGAAGAACAAUCACACAAACAACGAGAGGCAACUUUUUCAUGGUACAGGAGCCGACUCCAUCGAUCUCAUCAACAAAGAUGGCUUCAACCGCAGCCACGCAGGAAAACAUGCUGCGAUGUAUGGCAACGGCACAUACUUCGCUGUGGAUCCAUGCUACUCAGCACAAGGCUACGCUACGCCGGACACUCAAGGGCAUAAGCGCAUGUACCUGGCCCAGGUCCUGGUCGGAGACUUUACCCAGGGAGUAAAUGGCAUGCUAACCCCACCCCCCAAGAGUGGGAAUACUUCAGAUCUGUAUGACAGCGUUACUGAUAACAAAUCCUCUCCAUCCAUGUUCAUUGUGUUCAACGACACGCAUGCAUACCCCGAAUAUCUUAUCACAUUUACAUAAACUACUACGAUCCUUUACAGCAACAGCUCUGAGAAAAAUGCACCUUUGUCUAAAGUGUUCCAGUUUCACGAGCGCUCAACACAAAAAUGUAUACGGAGAAGUUAAAUGUUUUACAUUGUAAUUACUGUUUUUAUGUUGUCUUCGAUGUAUUGUCCAUGCAGCGAUUUCCCAGCAUCCUAGACAAAUUUCUCCCUAGGGAGACGAAUAAAGAAACCUUACUUACUACGUACUCGAAAUCGGUCUCUAGACCACUUCUUGAAGGUCUAGUCUCGGAAUUGAAAGCAUUUUCACUCUGUCUUGUCUCAGCCUCAGACUGGGUGGACUCCAGAUUUUAAAUCAAGACCGGUCAAGACCACCACUGAGAGGCUAUUUUCCCACAUCAUUACUGUGAUUAGAAGAAAAACGUCUCUUUCUAAAAUAAAUUAAUAACUUCAAUUCAUUUGUAGUUUGAUUUUUUUUCCCACCUGGUUACGGCCGUAACCUUCAAGGUGUUGAAGACUAAAUGAGUGACACGCCUGCUGCACACAAGAUGAUAAUCUUUCAGUGAUAUUUAUGGUCUCGGCCUCGCCCUGCCUUGGUCUUGACUCACUCUCGAUCCCUAAAGGUCUUGGUCUGGACUCGAUCUCGGAGCACUCUGGUCUUGGGUAUACAUCCUGUUAGUGUGGUCUUGACUAAAACAAUAUUAUCAGUACAUAGAUAAUUGGCCUAUAAACGGAUCCAAUGGUGAAAUCUUUAAACUACCUUUUGUAAUGAUCGUCUAAAAAAAAUGAAAUUCAGUUGAAUACUUCGCAGGAUAAGGAUUAAUCAUAUUUUCAAAAUGUUUACUGAUAUACUUCUCUCAAGGGCUCCAUUGAUAUUUCUAAGCUUUCUGUGAUAUUCUGUAUUAAAUACUUAAUAUUUCCAAGGGGCA